UACGUCUUUUGAAUUAGUUCAAAUUAUCAAUUGUUUUCUCAAAAUUGACAUUGAGCCUACAUAUUCUGAAGAAUGUGGUUUUUUUUUGUUUCAUAUAUUACUAUCAUAUUACUCUUUCCUUAUAUAAUAAUAGUUCCACUAAUUUAUAAUUUCACUUUUUCAUAAUGAAUUUAAAUGAAUUUGUUAUGAAUCACAAAAUUAAACCCCUAAUAACUGCAGAUCCUCAUAAAGGGGCCAAAAAAACUAUCAGUAACUCCAGAGAAAAGCCCUCAACAACAUUCUCUUCAGAUACUAAUUGGGGAAAAAGUCAUAUUAGCAUUCCCAAUUCAUCGAAUAGUAAAAAAUCUGUAGCUGGUAGCUCAAAAAUUUCUAACGAAGAAACAGAUUCUAGAGUGAUAGUGGCAUUAACGGAAGGAAGGGGAGAAGCAAGAUAUGAAGUGGGUAUCGCUGCUAUUAGUGUAUCUACGCCUCUGUUGAUUCUUUGUCAAAUAUCUGAUACACAAAACUAUAAUAAUACCCUCACGAAACUCAACAUAUUUAAUCCAAAUGAGAUUUUAUUUCCAAACACGCUUCUGGGUCACUUUGCUGGAAGUCGAUUGAUCGAUACAGUCAAGCAACGUUUUCCGAAUGUGAAAUAUGUUGGUGUGCCAAGAAGUACAUAUAACAAAGUCAAUGGUAUGGAAAUGUUAUCUCAUCUAUGUAUCCCUAACUUGAAUGGUAUUUUGUUGGUUUUGCAGCACAGCUGCAGAAUUAGGAUAAAUGAAAGCAAAAACCUCCACACGGGUCUAGAUCCUUCUGAUGUUUCAACUGCAGAUCGGCUUGAACUGGUUUGUAGUACAAGACCAGCUCAAGGUAAUAAAUAUGCAAGUCUUUUCGGAGUACUAAAUCACUGUCAGACCAAAAUAGGUGCACGGACAUUGAGAUCCAUAAUUCUCCAGCCACCAUGUGAUGUUAAUUUGAUUACUGAUCGUCUGAACUGCGUUGAUGAGUUAGCUAAACAUCCUGAAGCAUUAUCUUCUUUGCGGGUCCUCCUACAAAAACUGUCUAAUAUUGAUUCGCUCCUAAGUAUUGGAACACUGGUUACAAGUGACCCGCAAAAUCUCUCAAUUCGCCAGCUCAACUAUGUUCUGCAUUUAAAUAGUUUAUUGGAACUCAUCGAUCCUCUGAAAGAGGUAAUAAUCGAAUUUGAACAACCCUUUUUUGUUCAACUGAGAAAAACAUUAGAGAAUAAGAACUUUAUUGAAAUCAAAAAUUUGGUGAGGAAAUCGAUAAAUGAAAAUGUUUAUCCAUCAAAAGGACAAUCAGCGAUGUUACAAAGAUGUUUUGCAAUUAAACCUGGCAUAAACGGUUUAUUGGAUUUAGUCAGAAAAACUUAUACAGAGAUUAUGAAUGAUAUGAAAGAAUAUGUCAAAACAUUAGCAGAGAAAUAUGAUUUAGCCUUCACUCUCGGAAAUAAUCAGACCAAAGGACCUCACAUAAUAUUGUACCUGAAUAGCAUUCAAAGAAAGGGCUGGAAGAAAUCCUGUAUACCUGAGGAGUUCAUUGAG